GACAUGCAAUUUAUGUCAUUAAGAAAGCUCCAAGAACCAUGAUUAAGACUUCAGUGUUGAGGGAUUCUAGGAACAGAGAUGAUGGUCUUCAAGUACUUGAACAGGAAGCCUUCAUCAACAGGCCAACCUUGAAUCGUCUGAGCAAGUGGUUGGUGGCGGCUUUGUUUGGUGGGGUGCUUAUCUGGCGGCAUGACGCGGAGGCUUUAUGGAUGGCGAUGGGGUCGAUUGCGAAUGGCCUGCUGUCAGUUACGCUGAAACGGGUGCUGAAUUAUUUGGGACAUGACCAAGAAUUAGUUAGGUUCUUCCAUGGCUGUUGCUUGGAUUGCUGCAUAAUCCAGUAAAAUAUCGGUUGCCUACUUGU